UUUCUCUUCCUCAGUCUCUCGCUUAUUUCUCGCUCCAUAGAAUCUGUUUGGGGAUCCACUUAGCGCGGAGCAAUUAGUUCCGGCUGUUGAGAGAAGCGUUUCGGUCAUCCUCAUUAGUGAGAAAAACGUUCAAUCCUUUUUACCUAAAAGAUUAAAAAACGAACAAAGACGCGUAUAUGGAUCGGCAACUUUGCGAAACCGCUCGAUAAUCGGAUCAAUGGAAAGCGAUUAUUUUCGCGACAUAAUAAAAAAAAAUAUCCGGGUCAAUCGGCACGUAGAAUUUUCGAGCAUCCGGAUCGACUGACAAUAAUUUGACAAACUUGUCAAAACCCCUAAUUUUUCGAUCGUCGUUCCCUCAUUCGGUGAAAAUGCCAAAAAAACGACGAGCUUCCGUCAACUCUCUGGACGACGAGGACUUCGAACUGGACGAUAAAUACCGCAAGGAUGACACGGAAACCCGCGCACCCCGAAACGCUGCGAAUGCUCGUGAACGUGCGCGAAUGAGAGUUCUGAGCAAAGCUUUUUGCAGGCUCAAAACUACUCUCCCUUGGGUGCCUGCCGAUACGAAACUCAGCAAACUCGACACCCUCCGUCUCGCUGCUACUUACAUCGCUCAUUUGCGAGCUGUACUCAGAGAAGACGGCGAAACUCAUCCGGACUCGACGAGAUCAUUGUCACUAGCCCUGUCAUGGCCGUUCGCGAUUCAAGGAGCAUCAGCGCCGAUGUUGAAUAACAGUUGCGGCGUGUCAUCGAGUUCGAGCUCCUCAAGUCCAAAUCACCAUUAUCAGGGUCAGAAUCAGUUGGAGGGGAGUGACGAUAUAAAAAACUACAGUCAUUCGAGUCAUCAACAUCUGUCAACUUGUCAUGAUUCUCACCAGCUUUCUUAUUACUGAUAAGGCCGAUGCCCCUUCCCACUGAAACAGCUCGAUCGAUCACGACGAAUGAUAAUUAUCGAUAAAGUCAACAUUUGUCAUAAUUUUAUUUUGAACUUUCAAAUAAUUUUAAACAUCGAAUAUUCCACGUAUCAACAAAUCGAAGAAUUGGCAGCCCAGUCUGCGUGUGCUCGAUGCAGCUGCACAAUUGAUUGACUAUAGUCAUGCCGAAAAAUGGAGAUUUCGAGGAAAAAUUAUACCUACCGAUCCAUAUUUAUAUAUAAAAAGCCACGAUCGUAAUUUAUAAUUCACCAAAGUAUUUACCAAAGUAAAUAAUAUUAUUUUAAUAUUAGUCAUUAUUGAGGCUAGUCGGAAAAAAUAUUUUUCUUUUUACACACGCGAAGAUUCUUCCGGAUGCGAGCCGGAGGAAGAGAAGGAUAUGAUGUCCGGGUAAGAGAGAACUGAGGAGCCUCCGCGGCUUGUCAAAACAGGCAGAAGGACCUUUUGUGUAAAUUCGAAGCUAAAAUAAUAUAUCUAGUUCCCCGACGGAGUGCCAUCUCUCAAAAAGCCUCCAUACCAGUGCAUAUACAGAGAUAUAAAUACGCAUUUAGUUAUACACACUUAACCGAGCGCUGGGGAUGCGAUGUGUAUAGAAAUAUGUAUCUGUACCUAUGUAAGAUAUCAUCCGAAAUCUUGUAUGUCAAUACACAACUGUUCUCAAAGCCGCAUAUGCUUAUGUUUUCUCACGUUUUUUUAAACCGAAACACACAUUUUCUCACGACUUCCGGAAUGUUUUGAAUAAAUUGUACAAUUGUUUCGUAAAAUAAACGAAAAUGUUCGCACA